UCAAAUUUGUUGUGACUUGAUAUUGUGAUACUAUUCUUAAUUUCGAAAUACAUAAUUAUUCUUGUAAGAAUAUUGUGAAGAAUCAAAAAUGAAUAGAUUAUUUGGACGAGGAAAACCAAAAACUCCAGGCCCAAGCAUUACAGAUUGUAUUAACAAUGUUGAUGGUCGGGCUGAUAAUAUAGAGCAAAAAGUUCAAAAAUUGGAAACUGAGUUAAGAAAAUAUAAAGAGCAGAUGGCUAAAAUGAGAGAAGGACCUGCUAAAAACUCUGUUAAACAAAAGGCUAUGAGGGUAUUGAAACAGAAAAAAAUGUAUGAACAGCAACUUGAAAGUUUGCGAGCUCAAUCUUUCAACAUGGAACAGGCAAAUUAUGCUACGCAGACUUUAAAAGACACCCACACUACAAUAGCUGCUAUGAAAGAUGGUGUCUCAUCUAUGAAAAAAGAAUUUAAGAAAAUUAAUAUAGAUGAGAUUGAGGAUGUAAAUGAUGACUUAGCUGACAUGCUCGAGCAAGCAGAUGAGGUACAAGAAGCUCUUGGACGUCAAUAUGGCAUGCCAGAAAUUGAUGAUGAUGAACUUGCAGCUGAACUUGACGCUUUAGGUGACGAAAUAGCCUUGGACGAUGAUACAUCAUAUUUAGAUGACGUCGUGAAAGCCCCGGCGGCCCCCGACAAGGAGCCCGGCGCGGACAGCUUAAGAAACAAAGAUGGCGUUCCAGUCGACGAGUUCGGUUUGCCGCAAGUACCAAAUCCCGCCCAAACCUCGCGCUGAUAGUUGUUGUAAACAAUGUGUGUCGCCAUGUUUCUUACCGGUGAUAUAUAAGCUUUAUUCCGGCGAAUUUUAUUUGUAAAACACAUUUUUUUUAACAUAGAUUAUAAAAACUCAUUAAUUCGUUUACAAAUAUGGCUUCAGCUUGAUUAAAAAAAAAGUCUAUUAAAUUUUUUAGUUAAAUGUAUAGAACGUUUAAAUUUUCAUGUUAAUUAAAAUAAAAG